CGGGGAGGGGCGGGGGCCGGGGGCGAGCGCGCCUGCGCGCCGGGUGCCUUGUCCCAAGUUCACGUGUCUCGAGGGUCGGACUACGGGUCUCUGCUUGCGACGGCGGCGCUAGAGCGGAGUGUGGGUUGCGGCGGCCGGAGUCAUGGCAGGACAGGCAUUUAGAAAGUUUCUUCCCCUCUUUGACCGAGUAUUGGUUGAAAGGAGUGCAGCCGAAACUGUAACCAAAGGAGGCAUUAUGCUUCCAGAAAAAUCUCAAGGAAAAGUAUUGCAAGCAACAGUAGUGGCUGUUGGAUCGGGCUCUAAAGGAAAGGAUUUCUAUAAUUGGCCUGAUGAAUCCUUUGAUGAAAUGGACAGUACACUAGCUGUUCAACAGUAUAUUCAACAGAACAUAAGAGCAGAUUGUUCCAAUAUUGACAAAAUUCUUGAACCACCUGAAGGCCAAGAUGAAGGUGUAUGGAAGUAUGAACAUUUAAGGCAAUUCUGUCUUGAGCUAAAUGGACUUGCUGUCAAACUUCAGAGUGAAUGCCAUCCAGAUACAUGUACUCAGAUGACAGCAACCGAACAAUGGAUUUUUCUUUGUGCAGCCCAUAAAACUCCAAAAGAGUGUCCUGCUAUAGACUAUACUAGACACACACUUGAUGGUGCUGCAUGCCUUCUGAAUAGCAAUAAAUAUUUUCCCAGCAGGGUUAGUAUAAAGGAAUCAUCUGUAGCAAAACUAGGAUCAGUGUGCCGUAGGAUUUACAGAAUAUUUUCACAUGCUUAUUUUCAUCACCGGCAGAUAUUUGAUGAAUAUGAAAAUGAAACAUUUUUGUGUCAUCGGUUUACUAAAUUUGUGAUGAAAUAUAAUUUGAUGUCCAAGGAUAACCUGAUUGUACCAAUUUUAGAAGAGGAAGUUCAGAAUUCAGUUUCUGGGGAAAGUGAAGCAUGAAGGGAAUCAUAUAGAAAAAAUGUACUGAUCACAUAACAUUAAUUAUGUACUGUAUAUAUAUCAUUUUAGACACAUCAAUCAUGUAUCCAUAUUAUAGCUUCUUUGUUUAGUAUAGGUUUUUGUAUGCUGAGUGUUGCCUUUUAAAAUGGGAAAUACUUUUUAAGUUAUUCAUAAACUGUAUAUUCACUGGUGUGGCAUUCAUGGUUUUUAAAUAAGAUUAGUAUUAUCUGUUUAUAAUGCCUGUUAAUAAAAGAAUUUACAGUUUGGUAAAAUUGCUGCUAAACAAUCAUUGGAUCACAAUCCUCAUCAAAUAAACCCAUCUAUAAAAAAGAUGAGUGAGCUUGAGGUUUUGCACAAACCAUUUAAUAAAGAAAUAAUGUUUUGGUUUUACCCCUGAGUUUAGAUAUUCUAGAAAAUUCUGUAGUACAUAGUUCAGUCUUAACUGUUAACUUUUCAAAAAUGAGAUAAAAGUGUUUUAAAAUUAUGUUCAUAGUUUUUGAUAUACAUAUAUGAUUAUGUGUAUAUCCAAGUAUAAAUGCAAAUGAAGUGUUUAAUACUUAAAUCUUAUUAUGCUACAUAAAGUAUAUUCUAGACCAGCAUACUUGGAAAGGAUUUACCUUUCUGCAACAGUGGACUGUUACAUACAAAGUGAUAAUAAUAAGGCGUUUAAUGAUGUUUCCACUGGAAACCUGCCCUGUCUUGACCUUCUCAUUUUCCUUAACUCCCUCCCCAAACUACAUUAGCUGAGAAGCUUUUCACCAGACUGUGAUGUAGUGAUGGCUUAUACCUAUUUAUAUUUGUAUUAAUUGCUUCCAGAUUAUACCUCAUAUUUACAAUUACAUUACACUACGGGAAAAAUGUAUUGGCAUAGGCUCUUGCUUAUCUUUGUCUUGCAAAAUUGUUCUAACUACUUGGAAAACAGUCUUUAAAAUAGUUUAACUCUUCCUGUUAGUAAUGUUAAUCUUUUCGUCUACCCAUCUAGGCAGCAUUUAAAUAGAGUUGAAAAAUAUUGUAGUAUUUAUUUUACAUCCCCUCCCCAUAAAGUUUGUUUGAAUUACCUGCACAUGUGAGAUUUUUUGCAAUAAUUCACAGGUUCCAAGGGUGUUGAUGAAUGGUCAUACAUUUUUUGGACUUUGUUAUAGUUCAAUGUCUUAAGGAUUCAACUGCAGAUUUUAUAAUCUUACAAUCUACUGAAUUCAAUUUUUAACAAAGCACUGGUGGUCUUACUGCUAAACUGGUUGUAAUGAGGCACUAAGGGUAAAAAAAAUUGUGCACGUAAUGAAGAAAAUAUUUAAACCAUCUCUUGAACGGAGUGAACAGAGAACAACUUUUUCAUUUAAGAGGAUUAUUUUGAAAUGAAGAUGAAAAUACAUUCAUUUUGACAAGUAUGACAAGUAUGUACAGCAAAAAUGUGGGAAAUAGUAGCAUACUGAGAGUGUGUAUAUAUAUUUAUGCCUUCCCAAGCCUGCCAGUACAUUUGGCUUUGAACAGUGCUGUCCCAGCAGCCAGUCAUUACUUUACCCCAACCCACAGCUAUCUUUUAAGAAGUUUUAUGUUCACAGCAAAAGAAAUGUUGACUUUAAAAUUAUGCAUUUAUAUUAAUGUCACUAUACACCAACGGGAAUAGUAAUUUUUACCAAACUUGCUAAACAUUGAGAGACUAAACUACUAAGUUAAUAAAUUAUAUACAGCAAUGUAGCUGUUCUCUUUAGACAGCGUCUGACAGUGGAUUUCUGUUACUUGACUAUUUUCUUAGUGAACAUUUGAACUAAGGCAGUGGCUGGGAUUGGUGAUCUGGCCAAGAAACACAUUUUGAAUAACAUGGCUUGAAGUUAAUGGGGAAAUAAAAUAUGAUUUUUUUCGUACUCA